GAUGAGCUAACGCCGGCCGGCUCCCUCCCUCACGCCUGUCACUGGGCUUCCAUUUGGGAUGGGCCCAGCUGCUACUUCUUCCUGUCCUCUAGAGCCAAAUGGCGCACGGUGGGCGUCGUCAGGUGCUCUUCUCAACCCUUCAGGUGUAGAAACAGUGCCCCGCCACGUCCGCCUGGCUGUGGGGCGGCUAAGAGUUUCCGAGUGCAGAUGCCGGUGUGACUGGAAGUGCAGCUCGCACAGGCCGGGGUCCAGUCCCGGCACCACAAACGUGGUUCGGUUGUGAAUUUCUGGGCCCGUUCCUUCGCCAUGCUUCACGACGUGGACCCUAAACGCAAUUCUUCACCACCUACAGUCCACCCCAGCGUCACUCGGGCAGCGCUUCCGUUUACGUCCCGGCCACCUGGAGUGUCACUCGGCCGGGCGUCACUUCAGUCGCUUGAUACUUGUAUUAAGUAAAUUCGAUAAAAUUGUCACUUUUCUAUUUCCCGUUAUAAAAGUUAGCAAGCACAGGCGGCUUUUGGCCAUCCUGUAUCUCAGUCAUUGCACCGGGUAGUGGUUGUGCAUCUCAUUCUCCCUGUGACCCUCGGCUCUGUCUGAUCUGUUGACAGGUUGUGAGGUUUUCUCUCCUCCCAGCGGUGUGGACAGCGCCACACACCGUCCCACACAGCAACGGCUCUUGUGCACAUCCUCCAGUGCUGCUUUUGUCACAGAGCCCGGCAGAGCCACGGUCCUUCCAGUGUGAGCCCUGAGCCGAGUGAGGAGCUCGCAGCAGACAUGGUGAAGGUGACCAAGUCCAGAACUUUCCAAGCUUACCUGCCGAGCUGUCACCGCACGUACAGCUGCGUCCACUGCAGAGCCCACCUGGCCAACCACGACGAGCUGAUCUCUAAGUCCUUUCAGGGCAGCCAAGGACGAGCCUACCUCUUCAACUCCGUGGUGAACGUGGGCUGCGGCCCCGCCGAGGAGAGGGUCCUUCUCACCGGCUUGCAUGCGGUCGCAGACAUCUACUGUGAGAACUGCAAGACCACGCUUGGGUGGAAGUAUGAACAUGCCUUUGAGAGCAGUCAGAAAUAUAAGGAAGGAAAAUUUAUUAUUGAGCUUGCCCACAUGAUCAAAGACAAUGGUUGGGAGUAAAGUGGAAGUAACCCAUUCGCU